AUGAAGACUGCCUAUAACGCCUAUCGAUGCCUGGCCAAGGAUCUGGAUGCUUACGCCAUGAACCCAGAGAUGACAAUGGACAGCAUUGGCAAUCUGCAUGGCGGAGUAAGCCAUGACCAGGAUUUGAUGAACAGUCAUAGCCCCCAUCACAAUCGGAACACAGGGGCUUCUUUGCGGAUACAUCAGGAUUUGGCUGCGGCAUCGUCGCGUUCCGCGAUGGUGUCCAGCAUGGCAACGAUUCUGGAUGGAGCCGGGGAGUACCGACCAGAAUUGUCUCUACCGCUCCAUCACGCAAUGAGCAUGCCGUGCGAUACAUCCCCACCCGGGAUGGGCAUGAGCGGCACAUACACCACUUUAACUCCACUUCAACCCUUACCCCCCAUCUCAACGGUUUCGGACAAAUUUCACCAUCCGCACCACCAUCACCACCAUCACCACCACCAACGUCUCUCUGGGAACGUAAGCGGGAGUUUUACGCUGAUGAGGGACGAAAGAGGGUUACCAGCAAUGAACAACCUCUACAACCCCUAUCAUAAGGACAUGACCGGGAUGGGUCAAAGUUUAUCCCCCCUGGCCAGCAGUCCCCUUGGCAAUGGUUUGGGCUCCAUUCAUAACACCCAGCAGAGCCUCCACAACUAUGGCACACAUGGGCAUGACAAGAUGCUUAGUUCCAACUUUGAUGCCCACACUGCCAUGCUGGCCAGAGGGGAUCAACACCUCUCUCGAGGCCUCGGUGGCCCCACGGCAGGUAUGAUGCCACAUUUAAACGGGAUGCACCACACUGGACACCCGGGCCACCCUCAAUCCCACGGGCCUGUGUUGGCUUCCAACCGAGAAAGACCGCCCUCCUCCUCUGGAACACAAGGUAACAACUCGGGGCAGCUUGAAGAGAUCAACACCAAAGAAGUGGCACAAAGAAUCACGGCAGAAUUGAAGCGGUAUAGCAUCCCACAGGCUAUAUUCGCUCAGAGGGUGCUGUGUCGUUCGCAAGGUACCCUUUCUGACCUUUUAAGGAACCCCAAACCGUGGAGUAAACUUAAAUCUGGACGGGAGACCUUUAGGAGGAUGUGGAAAUGGCUGCAGGAACCCGAGUUUCAGAGGAUGUCGGCCCUACGGCUUGCAGCGUGCAAAAGAAAAGAACAAGACCCAAGCAAGGAAAGGAGCAAUACACCAAAGAAAUCCCGCCUGGUUUUUACUGACCUGCAGCGUCGCACCCUGCUGGCCAUCUUCAAGGAGAACAAGCGUCCGUCUAAGGAGAUGCAGCUGACCAUCUCCCAGCAGCUGGGACUGGAACUCACCACUGUUAGCAACUUCUUCAUGAAUGCCCGCAGGCGCAGCCUGGACAAAUGGAUGGAUGAGGGGAGUCCCGGGGCUGGUUCCUCAUCCUCCAGCACUUGUACCAAAGCGUGAUGGGGGUGGGGGGGUGGGAUGGCAGGGAAGGGGUGGUGUAGGGGCAUAUGGGUAGGGGACUGGGGUUAGGGUGGGGGGCGGGGUGGGGCGACGGUCAGUGUACCCAGGUGGGGCGCACCACUGGAAAACCAAACUUUUUACAUUUUACUUUUUGAGGAUGAGAAAAGGAAAGGGGGUUGUUUACUGGCAAACAUACUGUAUAGCAAAAUGAUAUCAAGUCCAUUAGAAACCAUGCGUUGAUGAAGCUUUAGGCUACCCCUGUCUGUACACUGCCUCAAUGACCCUCCACUUUGAGGUGCCCACCACAAGCAAAGAUAAACCCAAAGACCUAAGAUAUGCAAUAUUUGACCAAAUUGAUUAUGGAAAGCAUAGAAUGCCCCAGUAUCUCCUAGAGUGAUUUAGUUAUUCAAAAGUGUAUUUGGCUCCUAAAUAUAUUUCCCAGAGAUAGGGAUCAACCCUUUAGGGAUGACCUCAACAAUUCAACAGUUUUUUAAAUUAAGAGGGGAAAGUGACAGUGAAUCACAGCCGGGAAAUGGCAAAUAUGCAAGCACAAGCACACAUACUGAGACAUACAUACCCUGCACACACAGACGUUCUCAACAGACCCACAUCCGCACACACUCAC